UGAGCCAUGGCUUUGACUGGUUGCAGAUUGCCUGCCAGUGUUCUAAGAAAGCCAAAUGCCUGUACUGGACUCUGGGGAGUACUCCGGGGGACAAUUUCUUCAUACAAACUCUGUGCUUCCUGGAAUCGAUGCUUACAUCUUCCUAAUACCAAGUUAAAUGCAUCAAACUAUAAAACACUUUUCCAUAAUAUUUUCUCACUGAGACUCUCAGGGCUUUUAAUAUCUCCGGAAUAUGUUUUUCCUUUCUCCAUAAGACUCAAAAGUAAUAUAAGCUCUAAGAAAUCUACUAAAAAGACUCUGCACGCAGUGGAGGAAGACUCUGAUGAAGAGCGGGAUGGUAGUGAGAUGAGUGAGCAGGAAGAGGAACCUGAGGAUGAUCCCACCGUGGCCAGAGACUACAAAGACCUGGAAAAGGUGGUGCAGUCUUUCCGGUAUGAUGUGAUCCUGAAGACAGGCCUAGAUGUUGGAAGAAACAAAGUGGAAGAUGCAUUCUACAAAGGUGAACUCAGGCUGAAUGGGGAAAAAUUAUGGAAGAAAAGCAGAACGGUGAAAGUGGGUGAUACAUUGGACCUUCUCAUUGGAGAGAACAAAGAAGGAGAAACAGACACAGUAAUGCGAAUUCUCCUGAAAAAAGUGUUUGAAGAGAAGACAGAAAGUGAGAAACACAGAGUGGUGUUACGGCGGUGGAAGAAGUUGGAGUUGCCCAAGAAGACUGUGUCUAAAUAA